AUGUGCUGUCCGCCUGGCUCCCGACACCCAUUUCGCUCCGACACUCCAGCUACCCCUGCAAGAUCGGCUACCAUUCCGACAAGCCCGUGGAGUAGGUGGCUCGCCUCCGGCUCUUGCUUAGAUCUAAUCUCGUCCAUUGGGGGAAGAACCAUAUCUGACAAGUUCAGCUCCAACAUUCGGCGAUUCCCCGAGGCCCGGGAGAACAUCAUGUGCCGCUACGUGGCGCUUGCCCCGGCCCCGCCUCAUCCAAUCACGGGGAAAGUUCUUUCAUUCAUCGAUGGGAAAGAGAUGGAAAAGGGGUCUUACGUAGACCUCUUCCACGAAUACGAAUGCCCGGCUGAAUGUCUAGACCAAUAUUUUGGCGGUGGCGGAUGCUUAACGGCCGACUGCAUGAACGAGCUGGACGAGGCGUACGAUGGGUGGAUCAUCAGAAACCCUUGGUACUACAGAGCGGCUCAAGGCGGCAUGAAGAUUAUCAGGUGGCUGCCCAAAAGGGAGAAUAUUCUCGAAGACUCCCCUGAGCAAAUCCCGUCUGGUCUUGACAGCGAUGCCUUUGGUCACCCAGUCCUCAUUGUGACCAGGGGUAUGGACGAAAAAGGCAGAAUGACAUCCUUCAACAACCGAAACAUCCUAGCCAAGUUCCCCUUGCCCUCCCACCGCCGCAACAGGGAGCCCUACUGGCCCAUCGAUCCAACACCCAAGCAUCCGGAUACCGGGAACCUCCUCAAGCUCAAAGAUAAGAGACGCAUGGACAAAGAAUACUCCUAUGUCAACAGCCAAACUUCAUAUCCCGUUUGCUACGGAAUCCUUGAGCCGUACAAGUCCGAAGACCCAGAGGACGUCUGGGUUGUCGAGGAGGAGUCCUACGAAAAACUCACCAAAGGACGGGACUAUGACAGGUUUCAUAGUAGCUCGUGGAGAAGGGAAGAAGGUAAAUCGGUCUUGCGGCUGCCAGAGCCAGUGAAGGAGAGGGAGCAGGAAGGGAAGCAAGCCUCCAUGGCUACGAGUAACGACGAGACGCCUGAUCUGGCGGAGGAAAUUCGGGAAAAGUACAUAAGGGAGUACUUCGAGGAAGUCAAUGAUUUCCUCCUUGGUUCAAUCUUAGGAGCUAUUUUGUUUUAG